AUGACUACCGCUGCUCGACCUACAUGGGCACCUGCAAAAGGUGGCAACGAACAAGGUGGUACUCGAAUUUUCGGCCCCUCACAGAAGUACUCUUCUAGGGACAUCGCAUCGCACACCACUCUCAAACCCAGGAAAGACGGGCAGGACACACAGGAUGAGUUAAAGAGAAGGAACCUACGUGAUGAACUGGAAGAGCGUGAACGGAGGCAUUUCUCAUCAAAAAAUAAAUCUUAUGAUGACAGGGAUCAUGGAAAGAGUAGCCAUCUGUUUCUAGAAGGAUCAAAGAGAGAAAUUGAAGACAUUGUUGCUCGAAGUGUUGAUGCAGAUGAUUCUGAUGUUGAAGUCAAAAGUGAUGAUGAGAGUGAUGAAGAUGACGACGAAGAUGACACCGAAGCAUUGCUAGCUGAGCUUGAACAAAUAAAGAAGGAAAGAGCAGAGGAAAAGCUACGCAAGGAACGACUACAACAGGAGGAAGAGCUUAAAGUAAAGGAGGCAGAGCUUCUGCGCGGAAACCCUCUGCUCAAUAAUCCAGCAUCUUUCAACGUGAAAAGAAGGUGGGAUGAUGAUGUGGUGUUUAAGAAUCAAGCCCGUGGUGAAACCAAACUAGCUAAGCGAUUCAUCAAUGAUACCAUCAGGAAUGAUUUCCAUAGGAAAUUCCUGCAAAAAUACAUGAAGUAA